AUCCUUUAUGCAUGAUUCAAACUUUGUGAAGACUGUCUCAUGACUAAGGCUGCAAUAUUUUCAGAUCAGGAACCAGGUGUGGGGUUAAGCAAGCCUCACAGAGAGGAAGAGACUGAACUCUGGGAUAUCUGGAGACUGGUUUCCAUCAUGUGGGAGAGGCAAGGGUAGAGAUGGCUAUGAAAAGGGCAAGUAGAGUAGAUAAGAGAUCUGUCACCUCUAUAUUGUGACUAAUUUGACUCAUUAUGACCUUGCUCCCUGCCCAGUUAGUUGGUGCCUCCAGGUAUGGCAUGAGUACAGAGUGGGUUGGGUUAGGGGGGUCCCAGGCGGGCCCAGGACCCCCCCAUGGAAAACCAGCUUUGGCAUGACACCCUGGGGUUCUGCAGUCAAUACCAAGAAAGACCCCAGGAUGCUGAGGACAUCUUAUUCUUGCUGCUGGGCCUCAUCAUUCUUGUCAACAUUAGCAUCAACAUGGCAACUGUGAUGUGGAAUGGGCUCCAGAAUGCCUUAGACAAGAUGAUCUAUUGGAUUAACCAGAAAAAUGAAGUCCAGGCUAGUGAAUGUUCCUCCAAAUAUCCUCCAGCCAAGGCCCAGGAUGUCCACGUUCACUGCAUCCUGGACCCUGUACAAGCGAAGAUGGCCCGACCCACACGCUACUCCUCUUCCUCCUCCCACUAUCUUCUCAACGGCCACAGUCGCCGCCGCUGUCGCCGCCGCUUCCACCACCACUACCGCCAGCAAAAGCCACAGAACCACAAACAAUUCCCCAAGGGCUGCCCAAUCUUUCAUAACCAACCUUAUGGCUACAAGACAUCACAGCCACAGCCCGUGCCCUUUUUUGAUCUAGAAGACCGUGACCCCUAUCUGGAGGAGUUAGAAGACCCGUCUUCCCCAAUUCUCAAGUACCCACAUCGGUGCAAGGGUGGGGUCUAUCAGCAAAUGGAUGUACCCUCCAUUGUGGGGUUGUGGGGCCACCAAGGUAGAAAUUUGGCCAGCUUACCACCACCCUCUCUCUACUCGUCACCUGAGCUGCGUCGCUUGCCCAAGCGUGUAGAGGCCAAAUCAGAACUGAGGCUGCAGUCCUAUGGGCCCCAAGGCUCACAAUCCCGAAUUUACAACAAUGUGGAGGCCAAGCAGUGUACCCCUUCUCCACUGCCUACCCGUCGGCUGCUUCCUAACUCCUCCUCAGUCCCUGGGGGGCAGAGCCCUUACUCUUCAAGGGGCCAUGUACUUUGUGACACCUGGAAUCAGCACCAGCGUGGUGUGGAGAGCUCUGAGCACCCACCUUCCUCGAUGUCCCAAAAUCCCCGGCCAGAGGCUCAGGCUUACCAGGAGCACUGCUCCCCACAGUCCCAGGGAUGCAGUCUCCUCGGCCAUGCUCACACCCAGCCCAGCUGUAGCCCACAUCCAUUCGUGGAACACUUAGGUUUUAGCUCCCGGGAUGCCCAUGAGAUACGGUGCCGGGUGGCUGACUGGGCUGAGGCUUUGCCAGCUCAGCAUCCUUUGACCACCUCCACUUCCCUCACGGUGUUGGGCGAAGCCUCGUACCAACGAGCCCCAGCUGCCAGCUCAGCCUUGCUUCCUCCCUCCUCCCAGCCCCUGCCUGAAGUUGACCCGGCUGUUGAUCCCACCCCACCCUCAAUCACCUUUGCCCCACUCAGAAGGAAUCCAGGGGACAAUGCCAGCUACCAGGUGUAUGACAGCCUGGAGCUGAAGCGGCAGGUGCAGGAGAGCAGAAUAAGGGCCAACUCAUUGCCACAAGCUUCCACCUCAACCUCCAUGCCUUCUCUACACAGGAACCAGACUGGGAAAUGUAACUGACUAGCAAGUGAAAGUGGGUGGUAGGACAGGGUAUGGAGAAAGGAAUAAAGAGAAAUGGAGGCCAGGAAAUAUUGUGGUAGUCUUUGGUUUGGAAACAUUUCCCCAGGCCUUCUUCAAGCCUGGAGCCCUGCCAUUGAUUUCCUGAAAAGAGAUGUCAGUGUCCCCUUCUUGGCACAAGGCUUCCUUUGGUUCAUUGACAAUGACCCUGACAGCAGGCCCUGCCUGGUCCUGUACCAUACACUACGGUCUCAAAGCUGCACACUCAAAACCACAGGUCUCUGUUCUGCACACCCAUCCUGUCUCUCUGCUCUCCCUGUUCCCAAAGGAGCUCAGAAGCUCAUCCUUGCUCAAACUGAGGUCAGAGUCAAGACCUGGGGGUUCCAUUUUAGGCAGAUCAAGGCCUGUGGCCCAGUUCAGGGCAGGAAGUUGGCCAGGCUCUAGAUUCCACCCAGGGCUCUGAGGCUAAGGUCCAAGGUCUUCCUAGUCUUCGGGGUGAAAGGCUCUGGAUUCUCAACUGAAACUGCAGGAAUAAUGGAAUGAGAAGCAUUUGAGUGAGCUGAGUGAAUCAGCACAAUAAGGGAAUGAUUGGGGAAGGAGGGAGGUGUGCUGGCCUCCAGGCUCAGGUUACUCAGACUUGGUUAACACAGAACUCCAUUCUGGGCUCUCCUCUUCCUCCAUCUCCCUCAUUGUGAUCCCAACUACCUGCCCCAUUAUGACUCAGUUUCCCCCUCCCUCACCAGAGGAGUCUGUCUCCUAGUGAGUAUGUGGAGCUUGGGGGGCCCGGGUACUCCUGGGACCCCAGGCCAUGGGUGAGCAAGCCUACCAUGGAGCCCAUGUAUGUAUGCUCUGGCACCAACCCCAGGAAGUGCCAGGACUUAGGAGACUCAAUUCUUCUGAUUCUGGGCAGCUUCAUCUUGUUCAACGUGGGACUCAAUGUGGUGACUCUGCUCUGGAGGCAUCUGAAGGGCUCCUUGAGGAUUCUGGUCCAUCACUUUCCCCCCCAAGGCAAGGAGCCCAGUGCUCUAGGCAGCAGGCCUGUGUGCAUGCGCUGCACUGCAGAUCCCAAGAACCUGUGCUCAAGAGUCUCUUCUUGCUUCCAUCAUCACCCCAGAUUUCUGCUCAGGCAUGCUCACCACAACUCCUGCAUACCAGACACAAAUGAUGAAAAGGCUUCUACGUGCUGCGGGAUACCACCUCAAUGUGGACAAGCUAGGGCUCCCACAGAGGCUCCAGGGGGACUGUGGAAGGAGGGAGCUAGGGAAGCCCCUCAGGCCACAGCCUUGAAGGCCCAGGACUCCCUGCCCUCCAGGACUGAGAAUUCUUCCCAGUUCCGGAAAAUGAACAAGUUGGACAUGAAUCCGUUCUCUUUACUCCAAGAGAGCAAGACCAAGACCUCAGACCAUGACCCUGCCUAUGGUCCUACGAAGGCCAAGAGCCAGUUCUCAGCCUAUACCUCAACAGCCCAUGUCCCACCCCCUACCCAUGCCUCAGCCCCUAUCUCAGCCCCUACCCUGGGUCACAGCCAAGCCCACACCCCAGCCUGUCCCCCAGCUCCUAUCCCAACCUAUGCCCCAGGCCCUACUCCAGCCCAGACCCCAGCCCACACCCCUGAGCAUUCCCAGGCCCACAGUUCUGAGAACACCUCAGCUAAUACCCCAGCCCACCCCCUAGCCUAUGCCUCAGCCCACUCCCAGAGCCGCCAUGACCCAGUUCAUACUUCAACCCAGGCCUGGACGCAUGCCCAGGCCCAUAUCCCUGAGCACAUAUCAGCCCAAGCCUCGGGACGUACUCUAGCCAAUUCUCAUCUAAUUCAUUCCUAUGCCCACACUCCAGUUCCUGCCCCAUCCUCUACCACAGCCCCUCCCCCAUCUUUUGCCCCAGUCACUCCUGCCAUAUGCCCUAUCCAAGCCCCUGUUCCAGUCUGUCCCUUGACUACCACUCCAGCCCCUGUUCCUGUCCCUGCCACCACCUCUACCCCUAUCCUAACUCCUGUUCCCUCUACUCUGGCUGCCUAUGGCCCUAGCCACUCCACCGGUCAUGUGGCCUAUGAUGCCCGCAGGGUAAAACAAAACAUCUUCCACAAGUGCAAUGCCCAGAAUUCUGGGUAUUCUAGAAAGGACUUGGGUACCCUCUUUGGGUCCCAAGACAUGCAGGGCCUGGAGAGUUCUAAUACAACUGAACAGACAUCAAAGCAAAAUGUUGGGAACAAUCCUGAGACUCCUGCAGGAUCUGUACUGGGCUACCUAGAGUUGGGGAAUAUGGAAUGGAAGAUUUCAGAUGAUGCCAAAAACAAGUUCUCCCAGACUAAGACCUUCCCUUACUACAGCUUCCAUUCUUGCAGUUCAGAAAGGAAAAAUACAAAUUCUAAGGAUCCAGCAUUCCUGAUCUAUACCAAGGAUGCUGCUCCUUCUAAAUAUGGCUUUCACUCUCCAGCUACUGCCCAGAGCUCACUGCCCACACUUACUCCACCAUGCAUUCUUUCUCUUCCACUUGUUUCUCCCAAAGCCUUUGUCCUCACUCACCCUACCAACCAUCAGAAGCCCUCCAACUUAGCACAAACUCCCACCUUUCUUCCAACCUCCAACUCUCCUCAAUAUGUCCUCUCUUCCUACUUUCCUACCCCUCCCCAGUUCUCCACCAUUUCCCAAUCUCUGAUCCAACCCCCUGAGCUUCAUGAUAAUCAAGGUCUUACCGAAAACCCUGGCCUCCAAAGGAUUCCAUGCCUUUCAAAAGACUCCAGAGUUCCCAGAAAUCCAGGCCUUAUCCAAAAUCCAGGCCUCAACAAGAAUAUAGGCCUUAUACAAGAUCCAGGCCUCCGCAAGAAUCCACAUCUUUCUCAAAAUCCAGGCCUCCACAAAAACACGGGCCUUACUCAAGACCCUGAUCUCUGCAAGAACCUAAGCCCUUCCCAAGACACCAGCCUUCACAAGAAACCAAGUAUUUCUCAAGAUCCUCACUCCGAAAAGAGUCCAGAUCCUACUCAACAUGCUAGUGUCACUGAACCCUCUGGACUCCAGAAGAAAACACCAUUUACCCAAACUUCUGACCUUCAGAGGAGUUCAGACAUUAUACAAGACUCUGGAGUCAGUAGGAAUGUUGAACUAAACAAAGAAGACACUGUAGUCUAUAAAAGUCAAGACCCCUCCCAAGUAACUGAUCUCCAAAAGAGGCCAGGGCCUUGUCAAGAUUCUGGAGGCAACAAGAGUACAGGAAAUAUCCAAGAUCCAGGAGCUCAUGGGAGCCUAGGCCUUAUCCAAGAUUCUAGAACACAGAAGAACCCAUGUUUAGUCCAAGACACUGAAGUCAACAAAAGUUCAGAACUUACUCAGGAAUCUGGUACCCAUAGGAACCCAGACCUUGUCCAAACCACUGGCCUCCAUAAGGUCUCGGGCCUCACCCAAGACUCAGGAGACUACAAGAAUCUAGGCCAUACCCAGGAUUCUGGAGUCAACAAAGUCCCAGGUUUUACCCAAAAUUCUGAUUGCCACAGGAGUACAGACCUUCCCCAAGCCACUGAAGUUGGAAAAAGAUCCAAUCUAACCCAAGAUGUUGGCAUUUACAGGAGCCCAGAACAUGGCCAAGAGUCUAACCUCCACAAGUGUCCAGGAAUUAAUCAAGAUCCUGGCCCUCAUAAGGACCCAGCAGUUGUCCAAAACUCUGGCCUCUGCAAGAUUCCAGGUCUUUCUGACGAAUCUGGCCUUCAGAAAGAUGCAUGUCUUAUCCAAGUUCCUGGUCUCCAUGAGAAUCCAAGCCUUGCUAUAGGUACUGACUCUGUCCAAGUCGAUCCACAUCUGACCCCACAGCCAACACCAUGUUUGAUGAAGUCAUUUAAAUAUGAGACAGCUCCUCAGAAGGAGAGAGCAAAGCAUCAUGUAUCCUGGGCUUCUGUUCCAAUCAACCAAAACUUCUGUCCUUCCAAGCCCCAGCUAAUCUCCACUGGCCUGCAAACCUUCUCAGAGGUACCUGUACUAAUUGAGCUGCAACCAUCCUCCCGACAGGCAGGCAGCCAAGACUGGGUAUACCACCCUGUGGAUACAGUUCCUUCAGCUUCCCAGAACUAUCGCCAGAGGUCUAUGCCUCCCAAAAUCAACUGGAAGCCCCACUGCCCUAGACCAAGCACCCGGACAGGGCAUGUGGUCUUUGAUGCUCGACAGAGACAGUUAGCAGUGGGCAGGGACAAAUGUGAAGCUCUGUCUGCCCGGCGCCUUUGCCGAGAGGCACCCAGGAACUCAGGGGAGACCACCAAGGAGUGGGGAUAUCAGAAUGUGAUGAGAACCUCAGACAAAGAGGGGACAAAUCAGUAAUAAAGAGAGAAGAGAA